AUGAUCAGCACAGACUCUUCACUCUCUCCUACACUCUCUAUGAUCAGCACAGACUCUUCACUCUCUCCCACACUCUCUAUGAUCAGCACAGACUCUUCACUCUCUCCCUACACUCUCUGUAGUCAGCACAGACUCUUCACUCUCUCCUACACUCUCUAUGAUCAGCACAGACUCUUCACUCUCUCCUACACUCUCUAUGAUCAGCACACACUCUCUGACCAGCACAGACUCUUCACUCUCUCCUACACUCUCUAUGAUCAGCACAGACUCUUCACUCUCUCUACACUCUCUAUGAUCAGCACAGACUCUUUCCUAUCUCCUACACUCUCUAUGAUCAGCACAGACUCUUCACUCUCUCCCUACACUCUCUCUAUGAUCAGCACAGACUCUUCACUCUCUCCUACACUCUUCAUGAUCAGCACAGACUCUUCACUCUCUCCUACACUCUCUAUGAUCAGCACAGACUCUUCACUCUCUCCUACACUCUCUAUGAUCAGCACAGACUCUUCACUCCUCUCUAUCUCCCUACACUCUCUAUGA